CCGCCGGGCAACACAGGCGCACCGCGACUCACACACGGCGCACACAGCGAAGCGACGGCACGCCAUAUUGAAUAUCGGUCCACUCGUUAGCCACCGCCGGAGUGCAGCGCGAGUUUUUCGGUUUUUCUGGUGCGCGGCGCGCGUCGUGCACACGAGAUUCGCACACCGGAUAAAAAAAACCAACAACCACGCGCGUGUGAUUACCGCGUGCGGGGUGCGUGUGCGAGCAACGAGUGCCGCCGGAGUGCGUGAUGUGGCUGUAGUGCGGCGGCGGAGUCGGACUCUUCGGCGCGCGCGUGUGCAUCUUUUUCGCUGCUGCUCGGAAGUUGAACCGGUGAAAUUCACUCGGAGUGUUUUAAUUAGUGCAUCGCGCGACGCGACGCUGCCAGUAGUCGGGUCGGAAUCGCAACGCAUCGUCCAGCGUCACAAAAGUCACGAUCGACAAAAGUGGCGAAAUAGUUAUCGAGUGGAUUUUUGGUGAAAACUGAAAAGUUCGUUGGUGCGCGGUGAGUGGUGAGCCGUCCGGCGCUCAUGCAUGUGUACGUGUACACGCGAGAUAAUCGAUUUGUCAACGCGGCCGCGGCCGACGAUCGCACGCUAAUCGCCCUGCCGGCGGUGCAAUCGUAAUCGCCACCAGGAAACAAUCAUAGCUUGUCCAUCAGCCCAUUGACGACGCCGAACCGCCGAAGGGGUGAUUUUCUUCUCAAUGGAGAAGAUGGAAGUUGAUGAGGUCGUGGUCGAUUUGAGUGUUAGUGCCCCACGGCCGCCGACGAUACCGAUACCGCCUUCGAUUACGAUCGAGCCUAGUUAUCCGUCUCUGCACGUGAAUAAUUCGAGCAGUGGAGGAAGUGGUGGCGGAAGUGUCGGAAUUGGGCUUGGUGCGAGCACGACUACCGCGACGAUUACGAAUAAUCGACGUGUGCUACGCCCGCGACUAGAGCGCAGCUACGUGGAGAGUCCCGACGUGCUCAUCAACGGGUCUCUGGAUAAGGAGAAACCGCGCACGAACGGGAACGCUGCUGGUGGUUACAGUAGUGAUUCGAGUGAGGGCGAAAUGCCGCCACUUGCUCCUAUAAAGGAGCUUAGUCCUUCUGAACUUCGUCAGAGGGAAAGAGGUUUGCGAAGAUUGCGUGAAGAACUUCGUGCAGAAGAAAUGAAAUUGGUGCUGCUAAAGAAACUGAAGCAGUCACAGGCGUUGAAGGAGAAUGUCGCCGUCCUGCCGCCGAGCAUACCGCAGUCGGCACUACCGCCAACUGGCUUGCCCAGUGGUCUGAGCAUCACGCCGACGACGGUGAAGGUGCCCAGUAAGACGCAGGUGCCGCAGGCGGCGCACACGCGCCCUACCACUGGCAGCGCGCACAAGCCGGGACAGAUGAAUGCAAGCGGUGUGCGAGGUCAACCGCCGCAGUUGUCUAGACCUGGUUUGCACGGCACGACGAUAUCCAAUUCGCCGGUGAGCAGUCGUGGAACGAACCUCUCGGUGCCGCAGCCGCAGUCACGCAACCUUGGUAGGAGCAGUGGGUUCCCGCCUGGGGUUAAGGACCUGCCACCGUCGGUGACGAUUACGCCAGCGCCACCUCAACCAAGCAAGACGGCUAACAUUGAUGGGAAGAAUGUGGUGGCGAGUCCACUGCCACAUCCUCCCAUUUCCGAGCAGGAUCGAUCAUCUCGACCUGCUGAAGAUAAUCAAACGCCUGCACAGCGGCAACAGGCAGCUAAACUAGCACUAAGGAAACAACUAGAGAAGACAUUACUUCAAAUUCCACCUCCUAAACCUCCACCACCAGAGAUGCACUUUAUUCCGAAUCCGAGCAACACAGAGUUUAUUUACCUCGUGGGCUUGGAGCACGUCGUGGACUUCCUCACCAAGGAGUCGAAGCCGCAAGCACCGAUUGUUCCCUUCAGCUGCUCCCAGUGCAAUUCGGACUUUACGCCUGUGUGGAAGUGGGAGCCAGUUAAAAUUAAGGGCAAAGCUAAAGAACACAAAGUUAUUUGUGAGCAAUGUGUGACGACAAAUGUGAAGAAGGCGCUCAAGCAAGAGCACACGAAUCGGCUGAAGACGGCGUUUGUCAAAGCACUGCAGCAGGAACAAGAAAUCGAACAGAGACUUGCACAGAAUGGAGUGUUUGCAUCAAGCAGUCCAGCCCCGUCGCCGGUGACGCCCGAAGUUGUGGCUGUGCCGAAAGCGGCGACGCCCACGCCCGCCUCGCGGCACGCCGCAACCCCGCCAGCGCCGCCCUCGGCGCAACCUACCCCGCCGCCGGCGCGCAGUUCACAUUCAUCGAAGAGUUCUCGCGCCGAGUCAUCAUCGGCGGCGCAGCAAGCGGAGAACGCCUUUGGUGCUGCCGCCAUGCACGCAUUGCAAAGACAACUUUUACAAACAUUGCAAGCUGGUGGACCAAACGCAGCGCAUAUGCUGCAGUUCAAUCCGCUCUUCUAUCCGUAUCAGCUGGCGAUGGCGCAGGCAGCAAGCGGCAAGGGAACGCCCAACAUGGCCGAUCUGCAGCGCGUCGCCGAUAUCCAGCGGCAGUACCUGCUCGAAAUGAUACCGCCGCCGAGCGGAGGCGGGCAGCGCCACAACUGGAAGACGUGAUGCGACGUCGCCGACGCGAACCGAACCUAAGCCGGACACGCCGUUCAGUGAUACAACCGAUUUUAGUUAACACGUUUAUUUCCACGGAGCUGGGCGCGUAUGCGCGACUUGUCGUCGUCAUCGUCGUUUGCGCCUUCAGUUAGAAAUGCCAAUUUCCUUUAUUUCGUUAUUAUUCAUAAUUAACCUAAUCGCAUUAAGCAUAAAAGAUACCUAUAAUUUUUGGAGUAACUAUUAAUUUUUCGAUUGGACUACGUUCUACGUUUUAAAUAAUGUAUAGAUCUCAACCGUGUGCAGGGGGGCGGAAGGAAAGAAAGAAAGAGAAAAAGCGGUAACAGAAAAUCAAGCCCGAGCGCCAGCAAUCGAGAAACACGCAGUGGUCACUUUAUUUUUAGAAUUGUUUUAGUUUCACUGCCUCGUGCGGUGGUUGCUUGCGCGCAGCGACUGCGCGAAACUAAAGUUAAACAUUUUGAUAAUAACAUAUUGAUUGACGCGAUGCAUACAAGUUGCAAGUGGUGUGUGCAAAGAGAAAUUUCCGUGUGUGACGAGAAAUCACAACUGUAAUGACUUUAAUCGAAUGACGCGCGACGAGAGGAUGUACGGCUUCGUUGUUUUAGUUUUGUUUCUAGUUCGAGUGGAGGAAGCAGAGCAGCUCUCACACGCAGAACACUUGCAUGUAUAUAAAUGUUUUUACGGUGUACAUUAUUUUUACUAAGAGGCGAUGGCUUACUUGAGAUGUGCGGGCAGCGGGAAUGAGGGGGCGUUGAUUGUGUAAAUGCGCGAACGAUUGCGACUUAUUUUCAUUAAGACUUUGUACACACAUUACACACACACACACACAAGUAUUGAAUCGUUUUUGGCAAGCCAGCGACACACGAACGUAACGGUGUGUUGAUUGAAUGACAACACAUAAAUUUUUCGGCCUUAUUACGUCGAUGUCAUCGUGAGAUCGUGAAAAUUUUAACAAUGUACAUAGCACAUUCUACAAAUUUCGUUCAGACGUGUCCCAAAACUAAAUUCGCAAACGCUUAUCGUACGUUACACAUUCUUCUUAAACACACAAACACACACACAUGAAAAACAAGAGUCAAUGUAAUCAUCCACGAAAACAAACAAAUUGAAGUGAAAAAACUAUCAAGAUGUAUUUAUUCCAUCGUAUACUUUGCUUUGAUUAACAUUGUUUUCUUUAUUUAAUCAUCGUAUGGAUUAUGGAUGACUACUACUAGCGUGAGAGGGUCGGGGGAGGUGGAAUUUUUGAGAGCGAGCGAACGAGUACGUUUGUAAAACUUUUGUAACACAAAAUAAUAUGCUCAAUCGAUGUGUCUGUUUCAUUAUGUACCGACUAUUUCAAAUAGUAAAAUUGAUUUUUUGAACUCAA